GGCGGCGGGAGCGGCGCGGGGCGCGGGGAAAGUUGGCGCCGCCGGGGCGCCUCGGGAGGCGGGGGCGGCGGUGCCGCCGGGGCCGCCCCCGCACCUCCCUCCUCCUCCUCCUCCUCCUCCUCCUCCUGCACCUCGGCGGGGCGGCGGAGUGCCCGGGCGGACGGCUGGCUCCGCGCCGGUGGCUGGCUGUCCGCGGGCCCCGCGGGAGAGCGGGGCCGAGCGCUGCUCCCGGCGGCUGGUGCGGCCGGGCAGGGGAGAGCGGGCGGGAAGGUGCGCGGCCGUGUCCGCCGGGGUGUCAGCCCGUGGCCCGCCGUGCCGUGCCGUGCCCUGCCCUCGGGGGGCGGCGCUGCUCCGCUCCGCGUUGUCCCUUCGUUUUCUGAUCCGCUCCGCGCCUUGAGCGUUUAGCGCCGGGCACCGGGGGAGGGCACGGGGAAGGUCCCGUCCCGUCCCCGGGCUCCCCUCUGCAGUCGCCUUUGCUGCCUGUUAAUACAGGGUUAUUCAGCAAUAGUUAUGAACUCCCGUUUACGAGCCUUAGGUGGGAGGAUAAAUAACAUACGAGCAUCAGAGCUACCAAAAGAGAAAACCCGAUCAGAAAUAACCUGUAACGUCCACUUUUUGGAUGGCUCAGUACAAAGCUUCAAAGUCAACAAACAAGACACUGGACAAAUUUUGUUGGAUAUGACCUAUAAUCAGCUGGGUGUGACAGAGAAGGAAUAUUUUGGUUUACAGCAAAAUGAGAAUUCAGUAGAUUCACCUUUUUUCAUUUCACAGCGAUGGCUUGAACCAAGCAAACCUAUUAGGAAACAGUUAAAAGGAGGUUUUCCCUGCACGCUUCAUUUUCGUGUAAGGUUUUUUCUACCUGAUCCUAACACACUUCAGCAAGAACAAACCAGGCAUUUAUUCUUUCUGCAGUUGAAGACUGAUAUUGCAGAAGGAAGGUUGUCAUGCCCCAUUAAUUCUGCUGUUGUCCUGGCAUCAUAUGCAGUACAAUCGCAACUUGGAGACUAUAAUGCUUCAGUGCAUUGUUCAGGAUAUCUGUCAAAUUACAACUUUAUACCAGAGCAGAACAAGGAUUUUCUUACCAAAGUAGAAACACUACAUGAGCAACACAGUGGCCUCAAGCAAUCUGAAGCAGAGUCCUGCUACAUAAAUAUAGCAAGAACACUUGAAUUCUAUGGAGUGGAAUUGCACAGUGGUAGAGAUCUCCAUAAUCUAGAUCUUAUGAUUGGGAUUGCAUCCGGUGGAAUUGCUGUAUAUAGAAAACUCAUCUGUACAAGCUUCUAUCCCUGGGUGAACAUAUUAAAAAUUUCCUUUAAAAGGAAAAAGUUUUUUAUACAACAACGGCAAAAACAUAAUGAAUCCAGAGAGCAUAUUGUUGCCUUCAACAUGUUAAAUUACAGAGCAUGCAAAAAUCUUUGGAAAUCUUGUGUAGAGCAUCACACAUUUUUUCAGGCAAAGAAGUCACUACCUCAUGAAAAAAAGAUAUUAUCACAUUAUUGGACUCUGGGUUCUAGAAAUCCAGCAAAGUCUGUAAACAGCCAGUUCUGCAGAAAAGUGAUAGGUGGGAUGGUUUGGAACCCAUCCAUGAGACGAUCCUUAUCAGUUGAGCACCUAGAGACCAAAAGCCUUCCUUCUCGAUCACCUCCUGUUACCCCCAAUUGGCGGAGUCCUAGACUACGUCAUGAAAUCCGCAAACCACGACACUCAUCUGUAGAUAACCUUACGAACGAGAUUAGUUAUAUUACUGAAACAGAGGAUGUUUUCUACACAUAUAAGUGCUCUCCAACAUCAAAGGAGAGUGAUUCAGAGUUCUCUCAGAACCGUAGUCCACAGAGGAGGUCAUCUGAACAAGAAUCACCAAAGAACGUAUUGGGAAACAGUCCGACGCAGAGUUCUCUGACCCAUCUCUCACCUAAAGCCUUGGCUCGGUAUCCCAAUGGAGUUGGAAACAUUUCUGGCUCUUACCCGUUGGAAGGGGUGGAUAAGCAGUUCUUAGAAACGUACGACAACGUUACAAAAAGUAGCUCAACAGAAGAUUCCAGUCAGUACUACUGUGAUAAGAAUGAUCUAAUUGAGGGAGAUUUACUUUUGGUGCGUAUCAUACCAGAUGAAGAAGGGAAAUUUGGAUUUAAUCUAAAGGGUGGAGUAGAUCAGAAAAUGCCACUGGUGGUAUCAAGAAUAACUCCAGGAUCACCUGCUGAUAAAUGCAUUCCAAAGCUGAGUGAAGGUGAUCAGAUAGUAUUAAUCAAUGGCCGAGAUAUCUCAGAGCACACGCAUGACCAGGUGGUCAUGUUCAUAAAAGCCAGCAGAGAAUCUCACACAAGAGAGCUUGCACUUUUGGUCAGGAGGAAAGUAGUUAAACAGUUUGUGGAGACCAAAUCAGAAGAUGAAGCUGAUUCCCACAUUCUGCCAGAAUCUAUUCUUCCUGUCUGUUCUGAAUGUGGUGGUGAUACACUGGAGGAGUCUAUGGAGCAGCUAAGAAGAGGGCUAGAAAGUGGGACUGUCCUUAUUCAGUUUGAGCAACUUUAUAGAAAGAAACCAGGAUUGGCUGUUACAUGUGCAAAGGUACCUCAGAAUAUGGACAAGAAUAGAUACAAAGAUGUUCUACCUUAUGAUGCCACAAGGAUAAUAUUGCAAGGAGAUGAAGAUUACAUUAAUGCAAAUUAUGUGAAUAUGGAAAUUCCUUCUGCUGGCAUUGUGAACCGGUACAUUGCUACUCAGGGGCCUCUUCCACACACGUGUGCACACUUCUGGCAAGUAGUCUGGGAUCACAAAUUAUCACUGAUCAUCAUGUUAACGACUCUCACUGAACGAGGACGGACCAAAUGUCAUCAGUACUGGCCUGAUCCACCAGAUGUCAUGGAAUAUGGCUGCUUCCGUGUCAGAUGCCACUCUGAAGACUGCACGAUUGCUUAUGUUGUCAGAAAAAUGGUCAUUACAAAUAUUGAGACAGAACAGCAACACACCGUCACCCAUCUCCAGUACGUAGCUUGGCCUGAUCAUGGCGUUCCCGAUGACUCCAUGGACUUCUUGGAGUUUGUGACCUGUAUGAGGCCAAAGAGAGUAAAGAAUGAGCCAGUUCUUGUUCACUGCAGUGCAGGAAUCGGUCGCACUGGUGUGCUGGUCACUAUGGAAACAGCCAUGUGCCUAAUUGAAAGGAACCAGCCUGUUUAUCCACUGGAUAUUGUACGGAAAAUGAGAGACCAGAGAGCUAUGAUGGUGCAAACAUCAAGUCAAUACAAGUUUGUUUGUGAAGCUAUUCUUCGUGUUUACAAAGAAGGAUUGGUUCGACCACUGGAUUCCAGUUAGCACAGCAGUGAAGGAUGAAUUCCUUUUUCGCCUAAAAAAACUGCUCUUUAAGUAGAGCAAGGGCUUGUUUCUGAAAGCAACUAGAAUGGACUAGAAGCCCAUGAAAAGACAGAUGAGCACGUUUGAACUGUGGCACUUUAAAUUUCUCAAGAACAUUGCUAAAUCAUGUACAGUAUAACAAAGUCACAUAGAUAAAUAUAUGACAGCAAUUGUGUGUAAUAUGCAUUAUUCACAUAAACAACCAUAAACAAUCAUGGAAACCUUAACAAAUAUCUUUUACUGCCUUAAGACACCCUUUACUUUGGAAGUUACAAAGUUUCUUGAGUUUCCUUUGAAAUAGUAAAAAGAAAACUAUUAUUGAAAUCAUUCAUCUUAAGAAGGUAUUUAAUAUAUUUGUAUCAUAUGAAAGUUCAUUGAAGGUGAAUAUUUGUAACUUUCCUUUUGGGAUACUAAAUAUCCAUAGAACUGUAACCUUGACUAAAAGGCUGACGAAGAGCUUUAAAGGCUUAUGCAUACCUACUGAACGCUGAGCUGGAGAAAUUUAGUAUUUGGUUACUGUAAAUCUAUUAGUGAGUAUGCCAGCUGUUAUAAUAUGCUGCUUAGAAAUCACAUCUACUGUAUGUGAUGUGAAAAUAAUGCUGCAUUUAGGCAUUUAUGCAGGUGGUACCGCCUACAUCUUCUGUUGAUCAAUUUUAGUUGCAACUUGCCCUUUUGAUAGGGAUCUACUUCUUACAGUUUUAGUUAUUGCACCCCUUUUCUUCUGUUUCUGCUGUCUGUCUCCUUUAUACUUUCCACUGCUGUUUCUGUAUGUGGACUGAAAAUAUUUUAACUUAAAACGAGGUUUAAUUCUCUGUCAUGUUUGUUUCCAUGUGUAUUUAUGAGUUCUCAGAUGUAAAUGUGGAUUAAUAUUGCACACAAGUACUAGACUUUUGACUUACUGUAUAUGCAGAGUAGUCUAAUCCAAUACUGGAAGAAAAAUUACUACUGAACCCAUCAAAUAUGUUGCUGCUAUUUCAAGGUGUGAAGCUUACAAGGGCACAGGUGUUGCUAGUGUUCAGACAGUGAUAAAAUGUUGACUUGCUGCCCUCCAGCAAAAGCACUCUUAUCCAGCGAAACACGACUCCCUUUUGCAAGAGUUCUCCAGAUUUACUGUGUUUCUUGCUUAUACAGAAACGCAGUUAAAUUCACCUGAAGAUUUACGUGGAAAGAGAGAAUGAAUUUGUACAUUGCUGAAUAAUUCACCCUAAGGUACACUGGUCUCUAUUUCAUUUCAGAUGAGAGAAUUGGACUUUCUGAACAGUAUAACCACAUUUGUAUAAUGUUAAAUUAUUUUGUGUGUGCUUUUUGAUUAACCUGAGAUAGUUAUUCAUUUUUUAAUAGUGUUUGAAAAAUAUUCUAAGGGACUGUUUAAAACUUCGUUAUUUAAAAAAUUAAUUCUAAAUAGGGAAAAAUUUUUAUGGGGCAUAUUAGCCAGAUGUUUAUAUGUAUAAAAGAGAAAAUUAGAUAAUUUUUUUUUCAGAGAGAUAUAUAUGCACACACAUAUUCAGAUGUGUUUCAGAAUUAUGGUUUGUAUUAUGGAUAUUAUCAUUUAUAGCUGGAGUUUCAUUAUAGAAACUAUCACAGCUGUACAAUAUGCAUCUCUCAUGUUACUGGAAGAUUAUGGUUCCCCCCCCCCUCCGGGAGAUAACAAGAAAGUGCACGUAGGAUGAGCUAAAUUGCUGACUUGACUUUUGUAAGCUUGGUCCUUUAUCCAAGAUUACAAUUUUAGCUAUAGCUGAGGAAGAUACGUGGUUACUAUUUAUUGAUUGAAAGAGUUUUAAUUGAGAUGUGCAGAGUAGAUGGCAACAUGGAAACCUUCUUGGCUUUGUUAGGUUGAACGGUGAUUAGGUUUGUGCUCAUCCUUAGAUGAGCAUUCCAAAUUUCACUUCAACUGGAGUUUUCUGUAAUAUUUUGGAUCAUUGUCAUCUUGCUUGUUUUGGCAUAGAUUGGAAGGCAAAAAACUGGUUCACUCUUUUUUUGCUAAAUUGCACCAGGUAUCUCAAUCUGUGUGAAUGCAAAGGUAAAAUGAUAGUGGACAUGCACAUAUUAUUUGGGAAGCUUUGUUAUGUGUGUGCCUGUCUGUUAAAAUAUCUUUUUUUGUUGUUGUUGUUUAAGUUUUCCCCUGCCCAGGUCUCAGUCAUCCCUUGCAGUUGGCAUGACUUGCAUUUAAUAGUUUGUCAAGAAGUGAGAAAAGGCAAGAAAAUAAAUUCUAAGAAAAUAUUUAGAGCAUCUUUGUGACAUCCAUGUCUUUCAUGGAAGUACUCACAGUUUCUUUGUGUUCAAGGUUAUUCUUAUAUUCCAACUGCUAUUUAUGUUUCUUCAUGUUUAAUAUGUACUUACCAAAGCACUGUAAAUGUAUUUCUUGUAUAACUCCAGUCUCAAGAUAUAUGGUAUAGGCUUGACUUGGGUCAGUAUGUGUGCAUUUAAAUGAUGACUGUCAUAUUGUGACAACAAAUGCUGCUCUUGUUCUGGUAAACUUGGAUGGGUUUGGUAAUACCAUUGGGGAGUUCUUGGAUUUUAAUAACUUGAUUGAAAUUGCUGGCCACAGAGAGAAUACUCAAAGCUAUAUAAAUAGUAAUCUCUGUAAGUUUAUUUGUUUGUUUUCUUUAAAUACCUUUGAGCAAAUACUAACUUCACACAUAUCUUGUAUAUUGUGUCCAUCUUUAUUUCAGUCUUGCUGGGCUUUGCACAGGUACCUGUAGGGUCCAUAGGGGAGAAUUGAAGGGGUUUUGUCUUCUCUCUGUUGUGUGUGAUGACUUUGCACUGAAUGAAGUAUGCCUUAGAUCUGAUCUUGCAAUGAAAGCAAGAUGAAAUUAUGAAAACAUCUUAACGCCAGCUUUUGUUUUGAAAAAAAUUAAGAAAUGGUGAAGACUUAGAUUUAAUUUAUUAGGUUGGGGGGGUGAGGUUUGGUGGGAGUUAAAACUUGUGACCACAAAGUUUUUAAUUAUCAAGCAAUUGGCAAAUGGUAGAAAAUGCUGUGAAGACAAGAUUCUGUAUAACCUUCAUAAAUAUUUUACCCUCAGUUUCUCCUGUGCUGGCAUGAUCCUGAAAAUAAGUAUUCAAAAUAUCUGGUGUGAUGGUGGAUGAAGAGGGAGCAAUAAACUCUUGAGGUUUUCAUCACUGUGAAAUACACUAACAUUUAUUUCUACAGAAUUAAACAAAUUUUAACUUAGUGGCUUUAUAUUUUAUAUGGAAAUAAUUUAACUGCCUAUUCAGUGCAUCUACAGAAAUCUCACACAGGAACACUUCUGAGACAGAGGUGAAAGGGUCAGGUCUUGCUAUUUAUUAAAAAUAAGAAAAACAGUGCCCUAAACCAUGAAUUCCUUUUGUGUAAUCAGAUGUAUGAAAUACAAAUCAUUAAAAUACAACCAAACCUUGAACAGUGGUGGUGUUUGAAAAAAGAAAAAAUUGUAAUCCAGGGGUUUGCUUUUAAUUAUCCUGUCUUUGUUAUCCUUUUCUUAUCCUGUUGAUACUAAAUUAUAUGCAGUCAAAGUGUACCCACAAAUUCAGCAAUAAGUCUUCAUAUAUAUUCAGUUUUUUAACUGUUGGUUUUCCUUUUUACCCUCAUAUUUCCUACUAUGCAGUACUUGGUGUUGCCGCUGAAGAUGAACAGAUCACACGGACACAGCUCGAGGUGUGGUGAAGAGAAGAGAAAGUUUAUUUUUCCCCCCAGGAUUUAUAGGCUUCUGACCAUGGCCAGGGAUUGGAUGGUCAGGAUUACACUUUCUCACUGCACUGGCCAUGACAGAUGUCCAUCACAAGACGUGUAACAGAAAGAAUGUACACAUACCUAUGUUUACAGUUACUGUCCUGGGAAAGUCUUUAGAAAACCAUGUCAGCAAGCUCAGAAGCUGAGUUUUCAGGGCGACAUCUUGGUUAAAUAUAUAUGUAUUUUAAAAGAACUACAGUUCUCAACUGUAUCAUCAACCUUGCAUUGGCUUUAUUACAAGUAUAGUAUGAUACUUAUUUACAAAAAAGCUCUUCCCUGUAGACAGUAUUCUUCUGUCAGAGUAAAUACAUAAAUAUUGAAAAUAGAUGCACAUGGUUAAUAUUCAGUCAAUUAUAAUUUAAACAUAGUUAUUUCACUGAUAAUGGCUUUAUUUUUCUGUCCUGUAGCAUUUAAGUGCAAGUUUAUUUUACUCUCUCAGCCUUUCCAGAGAACAUGUGCUGGGAAAUGUUUGUAUUUUUAUUAGUAACCUGCAACCAGUCUAGUCGGUUAAAAGCAUUUAUUAGUUGAAGCUAUAUAGAAAGUAAACUUUUCAUUAAAUACUUUGUUUGAAGGCCAAGUGAAUGAUUAAUUCAUUAUAUAAAACAAUGCUUUGAUUAUAUGGGUUUCUUGCAUUUAAGUUCUGACACUGAUAGUGCUCAGCCGUCUCAAAUUGCUGUCAGUUUUAACUGUAGUUUACAUUAACAGUUUAAAUGUAUGUCUAAUGCAAUAUGAUUUAGUUUUAGUGUACUUUAAUACUGUAUAAGCUUCAAACAGUAGCAUCUACAGUCACCAAAGCCUGUCAUUCUAAAGAAAAAAGUUUCUCUGAAUCAAAAGGAAGAAGUUCCACAUAAUAUCAAUAGAUUUAACCAUUUUUCAGCUCACACUAGCUCUGUGACAGUAGCAUUCUUACGACUCAUAUAAAGAGCAAAUGUUGAGGAUCAAUAAUAUUAUGGAAAAAAACAAAUUGUGUGGACUAUAAGAGACCAUGAAAUAUUGUUGUUGUCUUUUUUUUUUUUUUUAAGUCAAAUUCAUCUCAAGAGGGGACAUUUGCUUGCAGACUACUUGGAUAAGAGUAAUCUUAGUUUGUGCUUUAUUUUGGGCUUAGCUGCAGGUAAACCUUUCAUUAAAGUUGUAUUUAAAAUAUUAAAGCAUUUAUUUUAAUAGACAUUAGUGAAGCACCUCAGUGUACUGUUAACUGUUUUAACUUGUGUUUACUUGUCUUUCAUGAUUUUGUUUCCUGAAAUGUCAUUGUUUUGCCUUAUAAAAUCACUUUGAGGUUUCCUACAAGUGUAGGAAAGUGAAAGUGUGAAACUGGCUUUGUCUCAGGCGAAGUGAUUUUACUGUUGCUUAAGAAAGGGUUGUUUUUUUUUCACCUGCUGUAAAGGCAGUGUGGUGUUCAGACAAGUCUCAACUGAUCUCCCUUCAGAGCAAUUUAAACAGUGUUGCUAGCAGGGGUAUAAAUCAUAAAGAUAUAUGGAAAAGUGUGUAAGAAUCGUUUUCUUCAGGGCAGAUAAGACCUGGCUUUAAUUUAAAUAUUAAAAGGAAAAAAAUCAAACAUCGUGAACAUGAAAAUGCUUUUAACAGAUAAAGUGGGGGUGGGAAAUAUGAUUUUUUUUUGCCUCUUUUUGUGUUUGAAGGAAGUGUUUGAAACGCUUCCUUGUUUCAAACACAUGAUUUCCCUUGGAACAAUUUCUUAGUAAAUAGCCAUACUGUUUGCCAUAGGAUUUAGUUUUUGUCAAACCCACCUAGAAAAUAAUUUUAAGUGGAACAUUUUCCUCAUCUACUGCUUUGUGCUCUUAAGUAGUAUUAAAAAAAAUCUUAAAUAUUUUCCUUUUAAAAACUAUAUUGGCUGUUUUCAUUUUAUGUCUUUUUUUGAGACAUAAAUGAAACCUGCAUGUGGCUGGGUAACUGUUGAGGUUUCCCUGCAUGCUUAAGAGGGAGCAGAUGUUUUGUUAGGGCUAUUAAACCCCCUACCUAACAUCAGUUACCAACUUAAGCCAGAGUAGCAUCAUAUUUCUACCAGCCUUUUGCAGAAUAAACAUUUUGUAAAUAUUCCUUGAAGCUUGCUCUCCCAAGCAUCAGGAAAUCGUCUUGCACCAAGCUAGAAUUUAUGCUUUAAAAAAAAAAAAAAGUUAAAAUCUGAAUCUUCAAGUAAGGAAUCACUAUUUACCAAAUUCUGUACAAAACAUACCUUUUAAAAGGAAAAAAAAAUGAGUUUUCUGCAAAAAUACAGAAAUACAAAGGUUAGCUGCUAGAAGUUAGGUGCAGUUUGUCUUAAAGCAAAUUGUCUCUCAGCUAGUGUGCAGUAUGGCCACUAAAGCACAGAAAGUGCAUCAUCAGCCCAAAUUCCUGAUUAUUUGUCAACUUGCUUGCACAUGGUUGGUUGUGACCCUGAUUCAGGAAUAAGGAAAAAGGGCUGCCUUCCCUGGGAAAAGAUAUUGAAAUCCUGCACAGUAAAUCCACAGCCUAAAUUGAUUGUAUUUUUAUUAUCUAACCUGAGCAGUCUAGUUCAAAGUGAGAUCCAGUGUAUCUGUAUGGGUUUGCAAGAAUAUCAGAGCACUCCCUUCCAAAAAAAAAAAAAAGCUGAGCUCAGUAGUGUUAAUUGCAGAGGGCUUCAUUUGCUUUAGUUAAGCAGCAGGUGAGCGUGGCAGCACUUGGGUUAAUCCUGGUCAGGCCCUUCUAAUUCAGAGCUUUGCAUACAUGACUGAAAACUUGGGGUUUAACAGGAAUUAAAUUACUGCCUGUAGAAAUUAGGUGGGGAAUUACAAUAUACACUCAAAUGUAAAUCUAUUUCUAAUCCAGGUUUUGCAAAAUAAAUGACAGGUCUCAGUGCUUACAUUCCAGUGACCUGUGCAGUGAGUACUAUACAUAAUUUAUUUAGGUUUUCACACUUCAUUGUGUAACCUUAAUAGAGAGAUACAAGGUAUAUAAUGGGGACAAUCCCAUAAAAGGUUUAAAAAUCUGCCUGCCAUUCAUCCUCACAAAUGAUGUACUGAUUAAAACUGACCUUGAUUACAACUGAUAUGGAAAUGUGUUAAUAGCACUGGAAUAAAUUGGAUAACAGUUGGGAAAACCAAAGUUGUUUGGGUUUUUUUGCAAGUUUUGAAGAAGAUCUCACUAUUCCAGUCACUAAACUCGUAUUUUCAUAUAAGUUCAGUUAGUGUUUUUGUCAGCAAAAUCUUAGAAGGUAAUAUCCAAGGAUUCUGGCUGGGGGGGUUUUAUUUUUUAUUUUUUUUUUCCUGUAGCACUCUAUAGUUUCUUCUAAGAUCUUAGGUGCCAGUUCAUUAAAGGAAUAAAGAAUGUAUUUGAUGUAUUUGGAAGGUAAGGAAUGAGAUUGUUUUGUACCCUCCUCUGUACUUUUCUUUUAAAUCAUUUGAAAUGUAAAUUGAUGUUGAUGUUAAACAAAGUUUAAUUUAUUGUUUAAAAGUGUAGACACCUCUUGAAUGUAUAUUUUUUUAUUAUUAUUUUUAUAGGAAUAAAGGGUUUUGGUUAAUGUUUUCAGUAGAGCUUUCUUUGGGUUUGGAACUGUUUUGAACAAAACAUAGCCACCAUUUUAUGCAUAUUGGUUAUACAGCUAAUAGUGAAAUAAAGGAUUUUUUUGCCUAUAUGGUUUUAUUGUGGCUUAUUAAAAAAGAAAAUAAAAAUUGCAUUAAAAAGUUACUGACCUUUUUGAUGGGAAUCAUCUAACAAAUCACACAUGGAUGCAACUUGAAUUUUAUCUAAGCAAUCAAGCUUGUAUGAAAAAU